GCCAGGCACAAAGUUUCAUAACUGCACAAAAGGAGCCAAGCAGAUAGGAACUGGAGAGUGGUGACUGAACAAGACAAUGUGCUUUGCUCAGCAGCUGUUGUUGGCUUUUCUGGCCUGUAUUUUCUUUUUCAAGUACCUAAAAAUAAUAUGGAAAGCAAGAAGUCUCCCACCUGGACCCACUCCCUUCCCAAUUAUUGGGAAUCUGUGGACGAUCAGCUUCAACAUGUAUCCAGAUAUUUUCAGCAAGUUGGCAAAGCUUUAUGGCAACAUUUACACUAUUUGGCUUGGCCAGACACCCAUCGUGGUGCUACAUGGAUAUCAGGCUGUGAAGAAUGGCAUCGUCACUCACUCUGAAGAGUUGUCUGGGCGUCCAGUUUCUAGCUUCAUGUAUGACAUUACAGCAGGAAAAGGUAUCGCAGUUUCUAAUGGACACAACUGGAAACAACAGAGACGCUUUAGUCUCAUGACAUUACGAAAUCUUGGACUAGGUAAACGUGGACUGGAAUCACGAAUUCAGGAAGAAGCUCGGUGCCUAGUAGAGUCCUUUGCUGCCCAGAACGGGAAACCCAUGGAUGCGUCAUUCUUCAUUUACCAUUCGGUUGCCAGCGUAAUUUCUGCUGUUGUGUUUGGACAUCGUUUCACCAUUGAUGACAUCUCUUUCCAGAAACUGGUUGAAGGAAACAGCUAUCUCGUUCAAAGCUUGGGCUCUAACUGGGGAAGAGUGUAUGAUGCCUUCCCAUGGCUCAUAAAACAUUUACCAGGUCCCCAUUGGAAAACUUUUAAAAAUAAAACAUAUUUAGAUAAUUUUGUGAAGCAAGAGAUCAGAAUUCACCAAGAAAAUGGACCACCUGAGGAGCCUGAAGAUCUCAUUGACCACUAUUUGGCACAGAUUGCAAAGACAAAGGAUGAGCCUGACUCCACUUUUCACAUGGAAAAUCUGAUUCAAGUGGUGAUUGAUCUUUUCACUGCUGGAACAGAAACUACAGCGACAACCUUGCAGUGGGCGCUCUUGUUCAUGUUGGCUCAUCCUGAUAUACAAGAAAAGAUACACAAAGAGAUAGAUGCGGUACUUGAGGAGUCAUCAGAUGUAACCUACGAAGACAGAAAGAGGCUUCCUUACACCAAUGCAGUAGUUCAUGAGAUUCAACGUUUUGUGAAUAUUGCAGGUGUGGGAAUAUUAAGACGCAAUACAAAGGACGUUGUUCUUGAUGGAUAUUCUAUAAAGCAGAACACAAUGAUUCUGCCCAAUCUGGACUCUGUCUUACACGAUUCACAAUACUGGGAAACUCCUCACAAAUUCAACCCCAACCAUUUCCUUACUAAAGAUGGAAGCUUUAAAGCAAAUGAGGCCUUUUUACCAUUUUCUGCAGGACACAGAGUAUGUCUGGGGGAGCAACUGGCACGAUUUGAACUGGUCAUUAUUUUCAUCACUCUAAUGAGGGCAUUCAGCUUUCAUCUUCCAGAAGGAGUCACAGAAGUCAAUACAAAUUAUGUAGUAAAAAUCACGCUACAGCCGCACCCAUACAAAAUCUGCGCCAAUCCCCGCUGAGGAGUAUUUCAUUCUUACUGUAAAGAUGUAAAAAAAAAUUGUACUAUCGAGAGCAGAUUCUCAUUUCUUUAUUAUCCAUAAUAAAUGCUGUAUUCUGUCACUAAA